AUGGCCGGCCGUGACGAGAUAUGUAUCGCAUUCAACGUCUUUGUCUGCAUCGCCGCCGCCAUCCUCUUCUUCUUGCUGCUCUCGCUCGCGUUUUGCGUUGCUGUGGCGGUGAUGGCCAGCCCACCCCGCUUUGUGAGCGGGGUCGGCGUCUUUUGCCAGAGGAUCGGACUCGCGUUUGUCGUGGUGGGCUUCGCGUUCGCGAUGGGCACGCAUGAAAUCGGCGCACAGCUGCAGCAAGCCCUCGGUGGCCAGUUGAAGACCGGGGUAGCAUGGGUCGGGGCAGCCGUCACUCUCGUGUUUUCCAUCCUUGGACUGGCCGUGGACGCCUACUUCUGGUACCGCGAUCGUAGGUUGCCUACCCCGCAGGAAGGCGAAGCGCGUUUUGCGGAUGAGCGCGACGUUCGGGGUGUGCGGGACGGCGGCGGCUACGCAUCGUAA